CAAAAUGUCAAUUUGAGCAAUGGCCGGAAGGAUCGUGCGUCAGUUGCGUUCCGUCAGUGCGUGCGAGAAGAUCGAUCCACCAAAGCGCGGGCGUGAAACUACAAAGAAGAUCUUAAAGUUCCGAAUUACAAUAUAUAUAGAUACAUAUAGAUUUAACUGAUUCUAACUCAAGAAGUGUUUAAGUUAACUCAGAAAGAUAACCAAAUGAUGAGCGCUCGCUCGGUGUCGCCCAAAGUGCUGCUGGACAUUAGCUACAAGCCCACAUUGCCCAAUAUCAUGGAGCUGCAGCACAAUGUGAUCAAGCUUAUCCAGGUGGAGCAGCAGGCCUAUAUGCAAUCGGGGUACCAACUGCAGCACCAUCAGCAGCAACAUCACCACUCCCACCAGCAGCAGCAGCAGCAGCAGCAGCAACAACCCAUCUAUGCGCCACUGCCCUCGGAAUAUGCGGCUUUUGGCAUUACGGAAUUGGAGGAUAACGACUAUAAUAUACCCAGCAAUGAGGUACUCAGCACCAGCAGCAAUCAGAGUGCCCAAAGUGCCAGCCUGGAGCUAAAUAACAACAAUACCAGCAGCAACAACACCAGCUCCGGCAACAAUCCGAGUGUUUUCGAUUCCCAGACUGGCAGUGGUUCCUCUUGGAACGAGCAUGGCAAGAGGGCCAGGAGCAGUGGCGAUUAUGACUGUCAAACCGGAGGAUCACUGGCCAUGCAGCCAGAGCACAAGAAGCUAAUCCACCAGCAACAGCAACAGCAACAGCAGCAGCAACAUCAGCAGCAGCAGCACAUUUAUGCGGAUUACUUACCCACCACAGUGGAUGAAGUUGCCUCGGCACAAUCUUGUCCAGGAGUUCAGAGCACCUGCGCCUCCCCGCACUCUCACUUUGAGUUUCCCGAUGACGAAUUGCCAGAGCACAAGGCUCAGGUUUUCCUGCCACUCUACAGCAACCAGCAACAGUCUCAGCAGCAACAGCAGCAGCAACACCAACAGACCCACGCCCAAAUGCACUUCCAGAAUGCUUAUAGACAAAGCUUCGAGGGCUAUGAACCGGCUAACUCCCUGAAUGGCAGUGCCUAUUCCAGCUCGGAUCGGGAUGAUAUGGAGUAUGCCCGCCACACCGCCUUGAGUUCUGUGAGCGAUCUUAAUGGCGGAGUCAUGUCGCCGGCCUGUUUGGCCGAUGAUGGCAGUGCCGGGAGUUUGCUGGACGGCUCGGAUGCCGGCGGAAAGGCUUUCCGGAAACCACGUCGGCGGCUGAAGCGGAAGCCGAGCAAAACGGAUGAAACAGACGAGUUCAGCAACCAAAGGGUUAUGGCCAAUGUAAGGGAACGCCAGCGCACCCAGAGCCUCAACGAUGCCUUCAAGUCCCUGCAGCAGAUCAUCCCAACAUUGCCCAGCGACAAGCUCAGCAAGAUCCAGACCCUUAAACUGGCAACAAGAUACAUCGACUUCCUGUGCCGCAUGCUCAGCUCGAGUGAUAUAUCCCUGCUGAAGGCCUUGGAAGCCCAGGGCUCGACUUCGGCCUACGGAUCGGCCAGUUCCCUACUUAGUGCCGCUGCCAAUGGAGCUGAGGCCGAUCUCAAGUGCCUGCGCAAGGCCAACGGAGCACCCAUCAUCCCGCCCGAGAAGCUGAGUUAUCUUUUUGGGGUGUGGCGCAUGGAGGGCGAUGUCCAGCACCAAAAGGCAUAGCACCGGAUCGUGGCACUAUAUACUAUAUACUAUAUACUAUAGACUAUAUUAUAUGCCUGUCAAGGAUCCAAAAGGGGCUUCCAGCAGCAACUAUCGUGUGAAUUCCAGAGCCCUGGCCGCUCUCACUCUUCAAUUCUCUGUCACUCUUUCCAGAUAUAUGUCGAUUAGAUGUCUAAGCAUAAAACCUACGUUUAAAGCCUAUUUAAUUUUAUAGUCUAAACUAAAUUAAUUGUAAAAACGAAACAAGCCAAGAAACAAAGA